AUGAGUGAAGGCCCUGCAUCAUUAAUUGGCAAAAAGUAUCCAGCUAAAAAGCACGCUCAAAACGUCUUGAAACUUUUCAUCAAGAGCAGAAACAGCACUGAUCCAAACCCAGUCAAUUUUUUUAUUAGUGGCGAAGAUUUGGUUCUAUACAAGUAUAGCGACCAGUCAAAGCCUUUUAGACAGGAUAGAUACUUCUUUUAUUUAUCUGGCUGCAACAUUCCAGGUGCACAUGUGUUGUACAACGGCAAGGAAGACAAGUUGACGCUAUACCUCCCCGAUGUCGACAAAGAAGAUAUCAUGUGGUCGGGGUUGCCUUUAUCUAAAGAAGAAGCAGCGAAGAAAUACGAUGCUGACGAGAUUAAAUAUGCAGCAGAUAUUGAACAGGACUUGAAAAACUUGGCAAACAGUGGCAGUGGCAGUGGCAAGGGAGGUGCUCUCACAACUGACUUGAAUCCGUGCAAUGCUCAGUUCACUGCUUACCUCAGCGAAAAAGACAAGGAUUUUCUCUUUGCGUUGGACGAAUCAAGAGCAUUUAAAGACGAUUACGAGUUGGAGUUGAUGAAACAUGCUGCUAAAAUCACAGACAACUGCCAUUUGGCAGUGAUGUCUGCCCUACCAAUUGAAACCAAGGAAACCCACAUUCAUGCCGAAUUCAUGUACCAUGCAUUAAGACAAGGCUCCAAAAAUCAGUCGUACGAUCCGAUUUGCUGCAGCGGUGAAACUUGUUCUACAUUGCACUGGGUGAAAAACGAUGGCGAGAUCACCCCCGAAAAGCAUUCGAUCUUGAUUGAUGCUGGUGCAGAAUGGGAGUGUUAUGCCAGCGAUGUGACACGCUGCUUUCCCGUGAAUGGAGACUGGACAAAGGAGCAUUUGGACAUAUAUAAUUUGGUGCUAAAGAUGCAGCUGGAAGCAUACAAAUUGAUGAAACCAGGUGCAAAUUGGGAAGACCUUCAUCUCCGAGCUCACAAGGUCUUGAUUGAAGGAUUCCUUGAGUUGGGGAUCUUUAAAAAGGAAUACAGCGUUGAGGAAAUAUUCAAAGCUAAGGGAAGCGCCAGGUUCUUCCCGCACGGGUUGGGCCACAUGUUGGGCAUGGACACUCACGAUACUGCCGGCUAUGCAAAUUACUCGGAUCCAGACCCAUUGUUGUGCUAUUUAAGAAUCAGAAGGAAACUCGAACCCAACAUGGUGGUGACAAACGAACCGGGCUGUUAUUUCUCACCGUUUUUGCUAGAGGAGACCUUGAACAACCCGGAGACGUCCAAGUUCAUCGAUAGGCAAGUAUUGGACAAAUAUUGGUAUGUUGGAGGGGUUCGAAUCGAAGACGACGUGUUGAUAACCAAAGACGGUUACGAAGUAUACACCAAGAUUACCAAAGAUCCAGAAGAGAUUAGCAAGAUUGUGAAAGCAGGUCUAGCAAAAGGUAAAGAGGGAUUCCACAUAGUUGUAUAG